AUGGGCAACAAAGCCAUCUUCCGUUUCCUCAUGAUCUUCUUCUUGGGUCUAUCUCACUUCUUCUUCAUCCCUUCCAAUGCUUCGAGACUUGGGAGUUUGAUGGAGAGGCCAAAUCAAAUUUCCCGACCUCAACAGGAUACACUAGUGGAUAUGAAGAAAGACGUACAGGAAAAGAUGGCGAUGGAGUUAAACGAUUAUCCAGGUUCGGGUGCCAACAAUCGCCACUUGCCACGUCAACAGUUCGGAAGAGGCUGCGUCGUCGAUUGUUGA